AUGUUCCGGUUACAACCAUUAGGUCUUCCUCCCAGCUGCUGUUGGAAGUACCCAGGUCCAAACAGAGGACCAAAGGGGACCAAGCCUCUGGACCUGGCCUCUGAACACGGGCUCUGGACACGGGCUCUGGACCCAGACUCUGAACCUGGGCAGCCUGCCCUUGCCUGGACGGUGGUCGUUGGACGGUGGUCGUUGGACGGUGGUCGUUGGACGGUGGUCGUUGGACGGUGGUCGUUGGACGGUGGUCGUUGGACGGUGGUCGUUGGACGGUGGUCGUUGGACGGUGGUCGCUGGACGGUGGUCGUUGGACGGUGGUCGUUGGACGGUGGUCGCUGGACGGUGGUCGUUGGACGGUGGUCGCUGGACGGUGGUUGCUGGAACACAGGCGGCUGCAGUGUGUGA